AUGGAAGAACUCAAGACCCAUGUCUGCAGAAUCGAAAGUGAACCCACAGCACACACUGUAGCAAUCUAUGCCGCUAGAGCAGAGCUAAUGCCCUUCUUGUUUGAAGGGUGGAUGGCAAAUGAUAUCACCCCCAGAGGCCAGCUUAUGACCACAAUUGAUGUGGAAAAUUUCCCUAGUUUCCUUGAAGGAAUAAUGGGUGUGAAUUUUUCAAGAACCCCAUUUGAGAUUUUCACUGAUUCUAAACGUGUUGUUGCUGAUUCAUUUAUUGUGGCUACUAAGGUGGUGGCGAAGAAGCUGAAUUUUGAAGGGUCAAAAAAGUUUUGGAAUAGAGGGAUUUCGGCUUACGUUGUAUGUGACGGGGAUGCUCCUAUUUUUAGGGAGAAGGUAUUGACUAUGAUUGGAGGAGGGGAUUCAGCAAUAGAGGAAGCCAAUUUUUUGACUAAGUGUGGGUCGAAAGUUUAUAUUAUUCAUAGGAUGAAUACAUUUAGGGCAUUUAAGAUAAUGCUAAGUAAUGCAUUGUCAAAUCCAAAUAUUGAGGUUAUUUGGAAUUCUAUAGUGGAGGAGGCUUAUGGAGAAAGGGUUUUAGAUGGGCUUAAAGUGAAGAAUGUGGCUACUAAGGAGGUUUCGGAUUUAAAGGCUACUGGGGUUGUUUUUGACUAUUGGACAUGA